AUGACGGCCGACACGACGGCCGCCCCGCCGCCGCCCCUCGAGGCCACCUCUUCGUCGUCGUCGGAUGCCGCCAUCUCGCUGAGCCACGAGGGCCCGACCAUGUCCUACCACCAGCCUGCCGCCACCACAGCUGCGGAUGCUGCCGGCAGUGCAGCCGACGGUUUCGACGUCGAAAAGGUGGCCGCCGCCGCCGGCGCCUCCAAGGAGGACAGCAGCGGCGCAUCCGUCCACUCGUCGCCCCUUUACCUCGACAGCAACGGCGACCUGGUCACGGUCAACGAGCACCGCGACCUCAAGCGCGGCCUCGGACAGCGCCACCUGUCGAUGAUCGCGCUGGCAGGCGCCAUCGGUACGGGUCUCUUCCUCGGCCUCGGCGGGUCGAUCCAGUCGGGCGGGCCGCUGGGCGCGCUGCUGGGCUACGCCACCGUCGGCCUCAUCGUCUGCGCCGUCCAGUACGCCCUGGGAGAGACGUCGGCGCUCCUCCCCGUCACGGGUUCGCUGGUUCGCCACGCCGAGUUCCUCUUUGACCCGGCGCUCGGCUUCGCGGCGGGCUGGAACCUCGUCUAUGGCAACCUGCUCUCCAUCCCCUCGGAGAUCACGGCCAUCUGCGUCCUGAUCGACUUCUGGGCCGAGGGGAGCAUCAACAAGACGGCCUUUAUCCUUCCCUUUAUCGCCGUCACCUUCCUCGUGGGCAUCUGCUUUGUCCGCGUGUUUGGCGAGGUCGAGUUCGGCAUGGCCAUGCUCAAGAUCGCCCUCGUCAUCUUCCUCGUCGUCUUUGGCCUGGUCGUCAACCUCGGCGGCGUGCCGGGCAUCGAGCGCGUCGGCUUCCGCUACUGGCGCGACCCGGGCCCCUUUGUCGGCGACACGUCGUGGGCUCGGUUCCUCGGCUACUGGAGCGUCAUGACCUCGGCCGUCUUUUCGUUUGCCGGCGUCGAGUCGCUCGCCAUGGCCGCGGCCGAGACGCGCAACCCGCGCCGCGCCAUUCCGCGCGCGUGCAAGCGCAUCUUUAUCCGCGUCACCGUCUUUUACCUGCUGAGCAUCUUUGUCGUCGGCAUGCUCGUCGCCAGCAACGACGGACGCCUCGACGGCUACGGCGAGACGGCCGCCCAGAGCCCCUUUGUCAUUGCCGCAUCGGCGGCGGGCUACCCGGCCGUGGCGAGCGUGGUCAACGCCAUCGUCAUCACCAGCGCCUGGUCCUCGUCCAACCAGGCGCUCCUCUCGGGCACCCGCGUCCUCUACGGCCUCGCGCUCAAGAAGCAGGCCCCCGCCCUGUUUCUCAAGACGACGUCGUGGGGCACGCCGUACAACUGCGUGCUGCUCUACACCCUCUUCAUGUUCCUCAGCUUCAUGAGUCUCUCCAACGACGCCCUGACCGUCUUCUACUGGUUCGUGGACCUGACCGCGGCCGGCGUGCUGGUAUCGUGGUCCGUGAUCCUCUUCAACCACAUCCGCCUCAAGCGCGCCAUGAAGGUGCAGGGCAUCCCCUUUUCGUGCCUGCCCUGGAACGCCGGCUGGACCUACCACAGCUCGCACGUCGCCCUCGGCUUCUGCAUCCUCAUCCUCCUCACUAACGGCUACUCGGUCUUCACCACGGGCGGAUGGGACGCAGCCACCUUUGUCUCGGCCUACCUCGACAUCCCCCUCGUCCUCGCCGCCUACCUCGUCUGGAAACUCUUCAAAAAGACCAAGAUCACGAGCCUCCCCGACAUCCCGCUCCAUGCUGCGUUUAGACAGGCCGAGGAGUUCCCCGAUGAACCUGAACCCAGGACGAAGGGGUGGAUCAGGUGCAUCAGCUGGAUCUGGGAUUAG